AUGGAAGAAGUAGAAGAGAGUUGCAGCUUUAAUGUAGGAGGGUGUGUUUUCUCCAUACACCUGAACAGACUGAACUACUUUAAGGACUCUUUACUGCUGAAAUCAGUCAGAGGACAUGGGGACAAUUCUACACUGUUUAUUGAUCGAGAUGCUUCUGCCUUUAGACAUGUUUAUCAUUACAUAAACACAGGAAAUCUGACUUCAUCGUGUGUAUUGGAAAUGAACAUAUUACAUGAACUCGCAGCAGGUCUUCAUCUAACAGCACUGCAACAGGGUUUAGAAAAUCUCCUCCAGCUCACUGACUGCAUUUGUGCCUCUGACGUUACGACAGAGACUAAACGCUCGGUUUAUAAGGUCAUGCCACAAGGAUUGGUUUCUGCACCUCUUGUGGACAUUAAUGAAGAAGUGCUGUACUGCUUUGUUCUUCUGGAACAGGCGUACCUGCAUCCGGGCCUGAUCAACCAUGACAAUCUGCUGUGGCUUUGUGAGGAUGUAGCUGUUAUAAAAUGUAACAGUCACCUCUUCAGGUUCAUAGCUAAUUUCCUGCAGUCUGGGAAAAUCCUACUGCCAGAGAUGUUCAGCGAACAUGGAGAAUUGUGUGAGGAAGCCAGAACGGUGGGCAUGACUGAAUUUAUAAAGAUGCUGCAGGAACUGAGUGAUUGGAGAGACGGGAGCAGCUCGAGUGACUCAUAUUCAGAAGGUCAGAGGUGCUGUGCAGUGGAGCCAGUCUAUGUUCUCAGCUUGAGUCUGUUGGUGCAGUAUCCAGACUCCUCACUGGGUCAGCUGUGUGUGGACAGCAAUCUUAAGGGCAACAGACUCUACAUCACAGGCACUGGAGUGCUUUUCCAACAUGUCGAGAACUGGUUAGGAACAUCACGUCUACCUCUGACGACUACUGCAGAAGAGCUGCCUAGCCUAUGUGCUUAUCUGGACAGUCAAGAUGGAGUCUACUUGGCCAUCAGAGAGGCUAUGAGAGAGUUCUUACACAGGAGGGAGACUACAGGCUACAUGAGCGCUAUGUCUUGGUCUGCUUCAGUAUCAACAUUCACCCUUUAUAAAGUUGUAAAGGUUUAUGCUGGAACUUACUGGUAUGCUACAUACUUCAAAACCAUUAUAAAGCAUCCCGAGCUUCUCGCCAAUUCCAAUAAGAGUAAAUGGAUGGUCUUUGGCGAGAGUCUACUGGUUCAAGCCGACGGCCAAAUGUUCCGGCACAUUCUUAACUUCCUGAGAUGUGGUCGCUUGCUGCUGCCCCUGGAAUUCAGGGAAUGGCCUUUGCUGUUUCAGGAAAUUGAGGCGUUCCAGAUCCCUGCUCUGACCAGUGCACUGCAGAACUGUGCAGACUACAGGGCCUGGUGUAAAGCUAGGACCCAAGCAAAGAAUCUUUUCACAUCAUGCAAAGAUGAAGACAUCUUAUAUUCAAGUCUCACCAGUGAGAAGUCAUCAGAUGAAUACGAGCCUCCAUCAUUUCAGAAAGAAAGCCCAGACAACACUUUUCUUUCCAGUGAAACAUCAAGUACACACACUGAGAAUGAGGCUGUGUGUGUUUCUGUCAGUGCAUCAGGAAUAACAGAAGUGAGACCUGCUGCUACUGAGAAGACAGAGAGAACAGAGGAAAUCCCACUGACAUCAGUCAUGUGUCACUCACCUCCAGCCACAGCAGUCUCCAGCAGCUCACGUGCCAACGAGAAGACGAUGAUUAAAAAUAGCAGCAAGCUUCUACCAGUGAGCACAAUGUUCAGUGGCAGGAAGGGCAUCUCAGAGGACUACUGGAACAGAGAAAUGGCCUUCAUAUUGCACAUGCUGCGUGAGAGCAGGAAGAAGGAGGACAGUCCUCAGCUAGAGCGACUGGCUAUACUAAUGGAGACCUCAGUACUUUCAAGAUCCAAGCUCAUGCAGCUCUUAUCACAACUCUCAGAUAGAGAAAAGUCGGCCCUCGGGUUAGCACUGGUCACCACCUUCUCUAACAGCUGGCAGAACUGCAAGGAACAACAGCAAAGCAGUGACAUGGGCAACACACAGAAGGAGAACACACACACUGAGGAAAGACCGCAACACUACACACACAUGCACAGACAACACAGUCAGAAUCCCAGCAGAGAUCAGGGAGGGAGAGGGAGUGUGUUUCCCAUGACCAGCUUCACACUGCCUGUGUGUGGGUGUGUGUUAACUGUGGAACAUCCUGCAGUGCUGGGGAGAGGAGAGGCAGGGGGCUACUUCACCCACAGCGUCAUCUACACGGAUGAACAGCCUCAGCUGAUGCAGUCUGACGAGAAAAAAGGCAAUGAUGUUGCAUUUGCAUACUUCAGUAUGUCUUAUGAAGAAAUGAUAUAUGCUCGUGAGUGUCAUGCCUUUCUCACUGGCACAAUCUUAGACGCUAGAAGACUCGACCCAAACGACUGCAUAAUCAAGCUGGUCUAUGAUCUCUGGACAGGUCACAUGGGAGCGGACAGCUUUGUGCAGGAGCUUUUGACCACAAUCAGAGUCAGACCCCAUAAAAAACUGGAAAAGCAAGAGAAGCUGUUGCAGUGGGUCAAGUUCACUCUACCACUGGCAAAGAGAUACACAGAGUGUGUAAGAGAGUUACUGAGGAAGACGUCCCUCCACACGGUCAGUCUGCUUUCACCCGACCUGCUAGAAGUCACCAUAUCAACACAAAAGGUGACACUGUCAUCUUCUAGAGGUGCAGCUAGACAUUAA